AUGGCGAAGAGUGAAUACGAGUAUGUGAGGGAGCAGGAACGGGACGACAGGCUGCCCAAGUUCAAUUGGAUCGUCGUCAGGAUUAAUGGCUGCGAUUUCCACCGGUGAGUGAUGAACGAAACCUCGAGAGUUGAAAACCACUGGUUCUGUUCUCAUCUUUCCAGGAGAAAUUGAUCCCGUCACCUCGGUGGCACUCAUCCGUUCUGAGGCAUCCCUCGAUCUCGUUGCCACGAUUUCCGCCGUGAUCGAAAGCAUACUACCUUCGAACGUACUGAUCUCUUCAUCAAUCUUUCGCCGCUCUAGACGUGUUCUUCCAGGAUUUUCGGCGAACCCUAGGUUGAUACUGAUGCAUCCCUGGUUUUUCUGUUGCCAGAAGAAAAUGCUUGCACUCCCGAUUUCCGCCACUGAUCAGAAGCAUUCUACCUUCGAACGUGCCGAACUCUUCAUCAAUCUUUCGCCACCCAGACGUGUUCUUCCAGGGUUUCCGGCGACCCCUAGGUUGAUUCGGGGCGGAAUCACAGCUCGAGUGAAUCCCCUAUUCUUGAUUUGGCAGAUAGUUUCUCGAACCCAUCCUUAACAUUCUUUUAAUUGGUAUAAUCGAAAUGAGCAGAUGAGAAUCUUCCCCUGCUAGAUUUCAUUCACUCUUUUUCUGAAACAUGAGUGAGAGAGAGAGAGAGAGAGAGAAGACAGAGACGUUCUAGCUCCAUUCGUUCCGCGUUGUCUUCUCUUUCUCCCGGAAUAGAAAGUCAACUGGUCAUUCAAGUUGAACAGAUAUCGUAUGGCAGCUCCUCUCACCAACUUUCUUUCGAUCUAUCUCCUCAUAAUGGAGGACACUUGCAGGUUCUCCAAGAUCCACGGUUUCGACAGGCCGAAUGACGAGCGCCCAUUGAAUCUGAUGAACAACUGUGCAAUCUCAGUAUUGGAGCAAUUUCCAGAUAUAGUUUUUGCCUAUGGUUUUAGACAUGAAUACAGGUAAUUCUUGAGCUAAAUACGUAACUCAAGAGCAUCGAUGAAGUAAAUAUGAUUGAAACAAACUUGGGCAUUGCACUCGGGCUAAAGUUGCAUCGAUUUGGGACAAUUCAACUCGGUCUUCCACUUUGGCUUCUCAAUGCAGUACUCGGUCAUCCAACCCCUCUCUCUUUCUCUCUCUCUCUCUCUCUCUCGCUGUCUAGAUAUCUAUAUAUAUAUAAUUAUAUAUAUAUAUAUAUCUGUAUGUUUUUAAUGCGAUUAAUAUGUACAUGUAUCGUCGUCAGUACAUGCUUAAUUUGAUAUGAUGAUUGUGAUGAGGAAAUGCAUGACAUAAUCUGAUGAAUGGCAUGGAGAUGAUUUAGAUUUCAUGGAGCCUACGACUUGAGGAGCUGAUCCAGUAAACCUCCCUCUCUCUAAAUACCAACGUUUUAUGCUCUUUUUUUUUUUUUUCAGUUUCAUUUGGAAGGAGACGACCAAAUUCUAUGAGAGAAGAGAGAGGUGCCCAUAAUUACUUGUUUCUCAUCAAUUUUUAUUUCCUAAUUUAAUGACAUGCUUAAUUUUUAUUGGGUGAUUUGAUCUUCAGCAAAUUGCUUUCUCUGAGUGUAUCGUUCUUCACCUCUGUGUACGUGAUGAAGUGGAGAGUGUUCUUCCCCGAGCAGGAAUUGGUAUAUCCACCUUCUUUUGAUGGCCGGGUUAUGUGCUUUCCUGGGCCAGGUGCCAGGCUCGUCAGAGACUAUCUGUCGUUGAGGCAAAAUGACUGUAAGUGCUGUAAGAAUCAUUCUAUCUUUUUUGGUUGAUCAACAGUAUAGUUUUCAGUUGAUCUAUUUUUCUCAGAAAUUCAUUGGUUUUUGAGGAUGAACUUGGUUCGCGCAGACCUCAAAAAAAAAAAAAACGAGUAUGGAAUAUCCAAAACCCACCUUCAUAUUUCUAGAUUUCUCUGAGCUCACAAACAUGAUGGAUGAACAUACUUUUGUUAAAUAUUUACAAUUUUUUUCGAUCAAACCUUGGCAAUUUUCGUUCCUUUUAGCCGUGCUAAUAUAAUCAAGAGUUAUUAUAGCAUCCAGAGUGGGAAAAGUAUGCUGAAGAUGGAUAUACGUCAAAUUAUGUGUAGGUCACAUCUUCAAUCAGAAGAACACCUGUUCAUGGAUGUUGGUAAAUUCUGGACGAACAGAGAGCGAAGCGGAGGAAUAUCUGGAGGUUGUGUGAUAGAGCAUGCUGUAUUUAUUGUUCACUAUUUUCCCUACUUUAUUUCUCGGCCAAUUAAUGCAUCAAAAUUUCAUAAAGUAGGGCAUGAUUUCAUCAUAAUCUCGUAAAGUGGUGCAGGGGACCCAAGAAAGUGAGAGGAACGAACUGCUCUUUCAGCAGUUUGGUAUCAACUACAACAAUCUACCGGCCAUGUUCCGAAAGGGGUCCUCACUGUUCAGGGACCAGGUGAGCAGCUGAAUGGUAAAAUGGCGGCUGACGGAGAUGGUUUCCCUCCAUGUUUCCAUUUCUCUGGAUUAAUCCUGGAUUUGUCUGGGUUUCUCGGUUCAAGAACUGGUUUUUUUUCCUUCUUUCUUUUUGUGGUAAUGGAGACGCUAAGAUCUUGUGCCGCAUGAUUAUCCUCCAGGAGGACGUGACGGUGAAGUUGGAUGACGGUGGGAAUCCCAUCAGAAGAACCAGGAAGAAGAUCAAAGUGGAGCAUAGUGAUCUAAGCAGGAAAGGGUUUUGGAGGUGGCAUCCAGAGAUUCUAUCAGAUUGA